AUGGCUGACAAGCUGGCAUUUCUCCUCUUUGGAGACCAGUCAACUGAUACCCAUGGCUUCCUGGCAGAAUUCUUUCGCCAGCGCGAACGAGGCAUUCUGGCCAACGCAUUCCUCGAGCAAGUCUGGCACGCAUUGAGGAAGGAGAUCGAGGGCCUGCCUAGGGUGGAGAGAUCCAAGUUGCCCAAGUUUCUCAGUAUCCAGAACCUCAAUGAGAGAUAUCAUGCGCAAGGCUUGAAGCACCCUGGAGUCGACGGAGCCCUACUAUGUAUUUCUCAGUUGGCUCAUUAUAUCGACCAUGCGGAAAAGCAUCAUGAAGAUAUCGUUCACCAUGACAACACCUACUUCCUCGGUCUCUGCUCAGGCAUGUUUGCUGCAGCUGCCAUCAACUCCACACCAACCCUCUCAACUCUUGUCCCCGUUGCUGUCCAAGUUGUCUUGAUGGCUUUCCGCACGGGCAGACAUGUUGCUGCCUUGGCUGAACGACUAUGCCCGCCGGUCGAGCAUUCUGAGAGCUGGACCUAUAUCUUCCCCGGCAUCAAGGAAGAGGUGGCCCAGUCAAAAAUUGAUGAGUUCCACCAGUCCAACCACAUUCCAAUUCCUAGUCAAGCCUACAUUAGCGCUGUCUCGGUUAGCAACAUCGCAAUCUCUGGCCCGCCAAGCACGUUGAGGGCGCUCAUCGAGUCACACUGUCUGCCGGCAAAGGCGACAUCGAUACCAGUCUACGGACCCUACCAUGCAGCACAUCUUCACUCAUCAGUCGACAUUGCGAGGAUUCUGCGGCUAGAAGACCCAGCAGUCAAGGAUGUGUUUCACAAGACAAAGCCGAGAUCGCCCAUCAUUUCUUGCAGCACUGGCAAGCCGUUGGCCGAAUCCGAUACAUUCCCGCUUCUUCAGGCAGUUGUUCAUGAAAUUCUUAAUGAUACCCUGGUUUUCAGCAAAGUCCUCGAUGGAUGUCUUGAGACGGCUAAGAGUUUCAACGGCAAGACAGUCCUCAUCAUGCCGUUUGGCCCAACACAGAACGCCGGCACCUUGGCCAGCCUCCUAAAGUCGACAACCAAGCACGAAAUCGUUCUUCGAAACCCGCCACAAAUCUCGAGAGAGAGCAUCAACUCGUCGAUCGGAAACCAUGGAUCCUCUGGAAGGGGUAAGCUGGCCAUAGUUGGAAUGGCUGGACGGUUCCCUGAUGCCGCAAGCCACGAAAAGCUAUGGGAGCUCCUUGAAAAGGGGCUGGAUGUCCAUCGCGUCGUUCCUGCGGACCGUUUCCCCGUCGCCACCCACGUUGACCCAACGGGGAAGGCUAUCAACACCAGCCACACACCGUACGGAUGCUGGAUCGAGAAGCCUGGUCACUUCGACCCGCGAUUCUUCAACAUGUCUCCCCGGGAGGCGUUCCAGACAGAUCCUAUGCAGAGAAUGGCGCUGACAACCGCCUACGAGGCUCUGGAGAUGUCUGGAUAUGUGCCAAACAGGACACCCUCCACGAGGUUGGACCGAAUCGGUACUUUCUACGGUCAGACCUCGGACGACUGGCGUGAGAUCAACGCUGCUCAAGAAGUCGACACCUACUUUAUCACUGGUGGUGUUCGAGCCUUUGGACCCGGUAGAAUCAACUACCAUUUCGGUUUCAGUGGGCCCAGUCUCAAUAUCGACACUGCAUGCUCAUCGAGCGCUGCUGCUAUGAACGUAGCCUGUUCUUCACUUUGGGCACGCGACUGCGACACCGCCAUUGUGGGUGGUCUUUCUUGCAUGACCAACUCCGACAUUUUUGCCGGCUUGAGUCGAGGACAAUUCCUCUCCAAGAAGGGCCCAUGCGCUACCUUCGAUAAUGAGGCAGAUGGUUAUUGCAGAGGUGAUGGCUGCGCCUCGGUUGUUGUCAAGCGCUUAGAGGAUGCCGAAGCGGAUCAAGAUCGUAUCCUUGCCGUCAUUCUCGGCACUGCGACCAAUCACUCGGCCGAUGCUAUUUCCAUCACGCACCCGCACGGCCCUACUCAGUCGAUUCUGUCAUCCGCCAUCCUUGAUCAAGCCGGAGUCGACCCCAUCGAUGUCGAUUACGUCGAAAUGCAUGGCACUGGUACCCAGGCUGGGGACGGAACGGAGAUGCUGUCUGUCACGAAUGUGUUUGCUCCACCUGCUCGGAAGCGACCUGCAGAUCGACCUCUGUAUCUUGGCGCGGUAAAGGCGAAUGUAGGGCACGGCGAGGCCGCGUCCGGAGUGACUGCCCUUUGCAAAGUCCUCAUGAUGUUCCAAAAGAACGCCAUUCCGCCACACGUUGGUAUCAAGGGUGAAAUCAACAAGGGCUUCCCCAAGGACCUCUCCGAUCGUAACGUUAACGUUGCGUUCCAUACCACCCCCUUCAAGAGACGGGACGGCAAGCCCAGAAGGGUCUUUAUCAACAACUUCAGCGCAGCUGGUGGAAACACUGGCUUGCUUUUGGAAGACGCUCCAAAGCUGAACCCAGCAACAGAGGAUCCCAGGAGCCAUCACGUUGUGACGGUCACUGCAAAGUCCAAGGCCGCCAUGAUUCGCAAUGCUGAAAGGCUUGUCGCCUGGAUGCAGGAGCACCCGAACACUCCUCUAUCUCACGUUGCUUAUAGCACAACUGCUCGCAAGAUUCAACACUAUUGGCGGAUGAACGUGGCCGUGUCUGAUCUGUCCGAGGCCCAAAGUGCUAUCAACAAUAGGCUAAAGGAGCAAUUCUCCCCUGUCAACACACAACAGCCCAAGGUUGCUUUCUUGUUCACUGGCCAGGGGUCUCACUAUGCUGGCCUAGGCAAGGAAUUUUACGCGCACUACUCUGUCUUCCGUCAAAACAUAGACGAGUUUGAUCAGAUCGCACGCGUGCACGGCUUCCCCUCAUUCAUGCCGUUGAUUGAUGGAAGUGAGCAGGACAUGACGAAGCUGUCCCCAGUUGUUAUUCAACUCGGACUAUGCUCAUUCGAGAUGGCUCUAGCCAGGCUGUGGGCAUCAUGGGGAGUCGAGCCUAGUGUUGUGCUUGGACACAGCCUUGGCGAGUACGCUGCGCUCAAUAUCGCUGGCGUUCUGUCUGCUAGCGACACAAUCUACCUUGUCGGUGCUCGUGCUCGUCUCCUCACCGAGAAGUGUACCGCUUAUACACAUGCCAUGCUUGCCAUUCAAGGCGCUGUUGACACCGUCAAGGAGGCGCUUGGCGAGAAAGGAAAGUGUGUCACGGUGGCAUGCAUCAACGGCCCGCGGGAGACUGUCCUAGGCGGUGAAGCCGCACAGAUGACUGAGAUCUCCUAUCAGUUGAGUGCUGCUGGCUUCAAGUGCACUCAAUUGAACGUGCCGUACGCCUUCCACUCUGCACAGGUUGAUUCAAUUCUCCACGAUUUUGAGACUUUGGCUCAGUCAGUCACCUUCCACGCCCCUAAGGUUCCCAUCAUCUCGCCUCUUCUGGGUAAAAUAGUCGAGUCUGAGCCCAUUGACGCCACAUAUCUUCGAAAUCACGCCCGGGAUGCUGUCAACUUCUUGGGUGGCCUGGUUCACGGGCAACAGUCUGGAGUGAUUGAUGAGCAGACAGUUUGGCUAGAGGUUGGACCUCACCCUGUCUGUGCAAACAUGGUCAAAGCUGCUUUUGGGGUGGCAACGAUUGCGGUUGCAACCCUGCGUCGCAACGAAACUGCCUACAAGACUCUCAGCUCUUCACUCUGCACGCUGCACUCGGCUGGCUUGAACAUGGACUGGAACGAGUUUCACCUUGACUUCCACUCAUCGGUGCGCAUUCUGGAUCUGCCCAGCUACUCGUUCGAUGAGAAGAACUACUGGCUGCAGUACACUGGCGACUGGUCUCUCACCAAGAACCGUGGUGCUCUGACUGCCGGCCCCGCUACAGUUGAGCCUGCCAAGCCGAAGCUGUCUACAAGUUCGGUUCAUCAAAUUCUCAGUGAAGAGGUCAAGGGUGACAUUGUCACCAUGGAGACUGAAUCCAACCUUUCUCGAGAUGAUUUGCGUCUUGUUGUUACCGGCCACUUGGUCAACGGCGCGCCUCUGUGCCCAUCAUCUCUCUACGGUGACAUGGCCAUGACUGUCUGCGACUAUGCUUACAAGUUGGCUCGGCCAGACGCGGAGAAGAUGAGCUGCAACGUUGCUCACAUGGAAGUUCCCAAGAGUCUCAUCUUUGACGAGACCCUUGAGAAGCAUGUCCUUCGUGUCAAGGCUACAGCUAAUGUAGCCGCUGGCUAUGCUGAUCUUGUCUUCUCCACCGGAGAAGGAGCAAAGAAGACUGAUCACGCGAUUUGCAAGGUCAUCUACGGACGUGCUGAGGAGUGGGCCAAUGAGUUCGAGCGUGCUGAUUACCUCAUUAAAGGCCGCAUCGAAUCGCUCAAGGCAGCUGAGAAGGUUGGCCAGGCGUCCAAGAUUGGGCGAGGCCUCGCUUACAAGCUCUUCGCGGCUCUUGUCGACUAUGACCGCCGCUAUAGAGGCAUGGAAGAGGUUAUCCUCGAUAGCGAUACUUGCGAAGCCACAGCCAAGGUCGUCUUCCAAACAUCUGAAAAAGAGGGCUCCUACAACUUCAGUCCCUUCUGGAUUGACAGCCUGUGUCACAUCUCUGGUUUCAUCAUCAAUGGCACUGAUGCCGUUGACUCUAGGGAACAAGUCUUCAUUUCCCACGGCUGGGGCUCAAUGAGAUUCAUUGAAACCCCAGUGGCUGGCAAGGAGUAUCGCACAUACAUCCGAAUGCAGCCUGUGAAGGGCACCAAGAUGAUGGCAGGUGACUCGUACGUCUUCGAUGGUGAGAGACUGAUCGGCAUCACUGGCGAUAUCCGCUUCCAAGCCAUCCCUCGCAAGGUCCUCAACAUAGUUUUGCCACCCCGUGGGGCCGCGGCCAUUGGCGCUCGAUCUGCUCCCGUCGCUAAGCCGGCUGCCAGGCCCGUUCCAGUCAAGGAGAAGAAGAUGCUUACCCCAUCCAACAUUUCCCAAGUCAAUAAGAAGCUAGCAUCCGUCGUCUCUCAGGUGAUGGACAUCUUGGCGAAGGAGGUUGGUGUCAGCCAUGACGAGCUCGCUGACAACAUCGCUUUUGCUGACCUGGGUGUCGACUCUCUGAUGGGUCUGACCGUGUCUGGUCGUAUUCGUGAGGAGUUGGACCUGGACAUUGACUCCCACGUGUUUGUGGAACAUUCGUCGAUCGGCAGCUUCAAGACUUAUCUCCAGCAAUUCGAGAGGUCUGGUUCCACAGAGAUCCACUCAUCUGGGGACUCUGCUGAUUCCAGCUCCGAGACUGAGACGCCCGAGCUGAUGGACUCUGAUUCCGAUGUGACCACACCUGACGACGAGUCAGAGAGCACCGAAGUCAAACCCGAGACUAUUUCCAAGGGCGGCAAUGGCAAUGCUAGUCUGCGGUCAGCCAUCCGGGAGACAAUCUCUUCGGAAAUGGGUGUUGAGGUUGAGGAGAUCAUCGCAGCCCCUGACUUGGCAAACCUCGGCAUGGACUCUCUGAUGAGCCUUUCUAUUCUCGGAACGCUGAGAGAAAGGACUGGUCUCGACAUUCCAUCAGAUCUGUUCGUCGCCAACCCCUCUCUCAAAGAUGUUGAGCGCUCUCUAGGAAUCAGUGAGGCACCAAAGAAGCCGGUUGCCCCAAAGCCUGCUGUGAAGCAGGUCAAGUUUGAGGCCCCGCAGCCGUCUAUGUCCCCUAAGUCUUUGCCCCCUUCAAUGGUCACCGCCACCAUCCCCAAGCCGCCUCGUCCUUCGCGCAUUGUUGACGAUUUCCCAAACCGCAAGGCGUCCUCUGUGCUAUUGCAAGGAAGCCACCGCACUGCCACAAAACACCUCUUCAUGGUACCGGAUGGUAGCGGGAGUGCAACAUCGUACACCGAAAUCUCAAAUGUCUCACCAAGUUGGGCUGUUUGGGGCCUGUUCUCUCCAUUCAUGAAGACCCCCGAAGAGUAUCAUUGUGGUGUUUACGGGAUGGCGACCAAAUUCAUCGAGGAGAUGAAGCGUCGGCAGCCUUCAGGCCCCUACAACCUUGCAGGAUGGUCAGCAGGAGGUGUGAUCGCUUACGAAAUCGUUGUGCAGCUGACACAGGCCGGUGAGCGCGUCGACAACCUUGUCAUCAUCGAUGCGCCUUGCCCCGUCACCAUCGAGCCACUCCCGGCGGGCUUGCAUGCCUGGUUUGCCAGCAUUGGUCUUCUCGGCGAUGGUGAUGAGAAAAAGAUCCCCUCAUGGCUGCUUCCGCAUUUCGCGGCGUCGGUCACCGCCUUGAGCAACUACACCGCGGAGCCAAUCCCUAAAGACAGAUGCCCCAACGUCAUGGCGAUCUGGUGCGAGGAUGGAGUCUGCCACUUGCCUUCAGACCCAAGACCUGACCCAUACCCAACCGGACAUGCCUUGUUCUUGCUAGACAACAGGUCAGAUUUUGGACCAAAUCGGUGGGAUGAGUACCUUGAUGUAAACAAGAUGACCAUGAGGCAUAUGCCUGGGAACCACUUCUCGAUGAUGCAUGGUGAUCUGGCCAAGCAACUAGGCUCGUUCCUCAGGGAAGCUCUCCUGUAG